AUGCAUGACGGUAAUGGUUAUAGAUUGCGAGAGUUUUUGAGGAAAAUUAGGAAUUCGUGUGUGGAUUACGACGAUUACUGGAUUGAAAAAUUGGCGAAAGCCUUACCAAAAGUGAAUCCAGGCAAUGAAACAAAUAAUGCAUUAAUUGAGUCGUUGAAAUUUGGACUAGACAGGCCAACAAAUCAGAGCAACUUCUAUUCCAUUCAUCUCAGUUUAAUCAAAGAGAUAGUAUCGAGCGGUGAUAAAGAUUUGUGGAAUUGUGAUUUUAUCAAAGAUUUCGUUCGGCAAUUUUUCACUGAUUCAACUUUUGAUGUUUCGGCAGUAGUUAUGAGUGCUUUAUUUAUGCUUUAUUACGAAUUGGAAGAGAAGAAUUUUUCUUAUGAAGAUGAAGAAGUAGUUCAAAAAGCUCUUCAAUUGCUGAGUGAUAAUAUAGAUUCAGCUCUGAAUAUUACUAUAUGCAAUUAUCUGGACAAAAUAUUUGGAAGGAAAUAUAAUAUUUGUUGGGCUUCUGCCAUUAUUGAACUACUGAAGACGAGCAGUUUCGGAUUACCAGAUAAAUGUGCAGGAAAUUCUGCAUGGCGCCAAAGAUUGUCGCAGCUUCUAUUGUAUGAUUCAAGUCUGAUAACCGUAGAACAGUCACAAGAAAUUUUUGUGCUGGCAAAAAGCCUUGAAAACCGAACUGAACAUAUCAAAGUUUCUGAAUGUGAAAUUGUAUCAAUCAAUCUCCACUUUUGCAAGCUUUUGGCCGAACUUGUACAACAAAAGAAAGUGGAUGAGAAAAUAUUUUUUGACGACGACUGGUGCUGCAUUCAUAUCAGAAAUGAGAUUUUAUUACAGUUAAUUGCUAUGGGGCGUACAGAAUUAAUCAAAGUUGUAUGGGAUACUCCAAACUUACGCUUAUUGGAUUUGAUAGAAUUGGGACAUCAUUCCGAUAAAGACUAUUUGGAUCGAGGUUUGUCCAUAUUAUGCGAAGAACGUAACUCAUUAUCAGCUAGUAAAUUUAUUGCAAGUCUUAAAAAUCCAUCCAUCGCUACGCUCGAUUCUUUGUAUGAUACUUUGGAGUUUCAUAAUAUGAUAAAUCCAAUGGUUUUAAAUGCAUUACUACAAAAAUCAGAGAUGUGGAGUAAUAAAAUUAUUCCGGCUCUAGCUUCAAAAGCGGCUGAACAGCUUAACUUGCUAAGAUGGGAAUGCAGAGAUAAUGCCUUAAGUCAACUCACUGUGCUAGUUAAGUAUGGAUAUAAUGGAUCUGAGCUGAUACAGUGUAUCACCGAUAUGGUCAAGAAUGAUGAAGAGCCUUAUGUCCGAGGUGAAGCGCUGGCUUUUUUAAACCAAAUUGAAAAUCGAGUGAAUGUGAAUAACUUAGCUGCAUCUGUGCUGCUUUCAGAUUCCGAUUCGGCUCCACGGAUUGAGGCUAUCAAGAUACUACGUAAUGGUCUACCGCAGACAGAAAUGCUUUGUCUUGAUCUCAUACCAAAAAUUUUAUAUGAUGAAGAUAUCUCUUUGCAUCGUAUUAUUAUCGAUUUAUGUGCAACCUUAAUUAUCAAUGGUAGAAACCAGGAACUGAAGGAUUUAUUGAUAAAAUUUCUUGAGCACGAUGAAGUAGAUUGUUACGAGGAAUUGAAUGAAAUGCUAUAUGGCAAAAACAGGGAAUUAUCGUUAAAACGUAACGAUAAUGAUUUGGAAUAUAUAUUCAAUGUUUUGGCAAAGCAGGAUGAGGGAGAAUUGGAUAAGGAUUGUUAUGAUUUAUGA